AUGACAUUAAAAGAGUACGAAGUGAUCAUCCUCACAGUUUUGUACACCAUCACAAUGCUCGCAGCAUUUGCAGGAAAUGGUUUCCUCAUCUACAUCGUGUGGAAGAAACCUGAAGUAAGAUCACUAACAAGCUUCAUGUUCGUCAACAUGGCCAUCGCCGAUUUGCUGGUGGCAAUAAUUGUAAUGCCCUGGUCGAUUGCCCACAUCUAUACAUACGGAUUGUGGAUGAUACCAGGUGUAUUUGGAGAAGUCAUGUGCAAAUUUGUAGUAUACACUGCCUAUGCUACAUUAACAGCGUCCAUCCUCUGCCUGACAUUCAUGGCCAUCGAUAGGUACUAUGCCAUUGUUCAUCCCCUCCGUCGCUAUCUUUGGUUCCGAAAGCCUAAACUGACUGUACCAUUUAUUUGGAUCUUUUCGCUGGCUUCGAUGUCCAUUUUUCCAGCUAUUCAAACCGUGGAGGGAACUAAUAAACGUCCCCUGUGCUCGAUAUCCGUUUAUAUUUUGGGCGAUCCACAGAAGGCUAUGCGAGGCAUAUUCCUUUACUUAGUGGUGCUCAACUAUCUGAUCCCUUUAAGUGUAAUUGCGUUUCUCUAUGCUAUUACCGCAUGGAGGUUAUGGUUCCAUGUUGCACCUGGAAAUCACCAUAUGACGGGAAAUCGAGAGCAACAAGAAACGACCAAGAAGAGAGUGGUUCGAAUGCUCAUUAUUGUCACCUGUGCCUUUUCUCUUUGCUGGCUCCCAGCACACGUGGUCCACAUGAUUUAUGUCAUGCAUAGCUGGAAUAUUGAUGUUCAGCUUCAGAAGAUUGUCGAAAGCGGGUGUUUCUGGUUGGGCCAGACCAACAGCGCCAUCAACCCAUGGCUGUACAUUUUUCUUAGCAGCAAGAUCAGUACGGUAUUUAUAAAAAUGGUGAGUAGAAAAAGCACCCAGUCACCUUCGAGUGUCAGCAUCAAAAGAUCAAAUGCCCUUCUACAAUCCGAAGAAGAAGCUUUCCGGGAAGAAACAAGACUGUAA